CGCCUCCAUUAUGGCCAGAGGAACCGCAGUAGAAGGCGCCGGAUCGGGUUUCUUCUCGACCGGAGGCGACACCGGCAGCCAUUCCUCGCCUUUGCGGUGAUGCUGUCCGCUGCUCACCGGAAACUGUAUCCUCAACUCGCUGGUACGCUCUAAGGCCGAUUUCACAGGCAACGGCACCGAAUUCUACCAAAAACAAAAAAAACAAAACGCAUCGAAACCUGGUUACAUGACACGGCCAACCGCGCGGCCGAUCACACCAAAUUAUUAGUCAAUUUCGAUGAAACUGACAGUAAUGUCUCCGGACAAUAUGAACGCGAAAUCGACGGCAUGCGAUCACGUCGAAGGGGCGCUCGCCGGCGCCCUGCUCCUCACCGAGGUGGGCGUCGAUCUGCGUGGGUGCUACGUGUCGGGCGUCCGGUGCGUCGGCCAAUUGAAGAGCAUCGUCAACGGCACCGAGAAGACGAUCAAGGCGCUGCAGGCGACGUCGCGGUGCGCCCUCGAGCAGGCCUACAAGAUGGUGUCGACGAUCGAUUCGAACGAGCGCGUCAAGGAGCGCGAGGAGCUGAUAGCGAUCAUCAAGAAACAACUCGACGAUUUGGAGCACAAGGAAUCGAUCGAUACCAAUCACUGUCAGAGAAACGAUUCGGUUAGGAUGUUGGAAACGAAACAGAAAUCGUGCGAUAAUAUACCGUGGUCGGUAAACAGCAAGGGUUCCAAAGGCGACAUAAACGAAAAGUACCCGGGCAGUAUAUCGAGAGAAUCCCUCAUAGACCUCAAUUCGGUGACCAAUCUACCGCCGGUACCCGAAGACAUAUUCACGAGUUUCUCCACGAAACCCACCAGAUCGUCCAGCUUGUCGUCGCUGAAAAGCAUGAGAAAAGUGAAAAUGUUCCUUCAGAAGGCGGAAAAUUCGGACGACGAGGACAGCUCGGAGGUGGAGGAGCACGAUUAUCCCAAAACGCCGGUGCCCAAAUUGGCCAUCGGUGAUAUGCGGAGCAAUCGGAGCGUCAACGAUUUCAAAUUACCCAGUCCGAUCGGCAAAAAACUAUUAGGGAAUAUUACCGAAGAGACUAAAGUCGAUGAGUAGGUGGCGAAUUCGAAACGGUCCGUCGAGAAACUAAUAUCGUAGGUUGCGUAUUUUAGUAAUGUUUUAAUAAAAACGAUUUAAGAAGUUUCCUUUCUUACCUUAAUAUUCAUCGUAAUAGAAG